AUGCAACUAACCACCUUUCUUCCGUGCCUUGCAGUGUUGCUGCACUCCACACAUGCGCAAUACUAUCAGCAAGCGAGUCAGCAGUACUUUCCUCCUCAGCAGUACGCACCUCAACAACAAUAUCCUGCGCAGUGGCGGCAAUGGGAUCAGCCACAAUCCUACCAGUCUCAACCGCAGUUUCUACCUCAACAACCUGUCCAGGCGAGUUUUUAUCAGCAUAAACGACGACUAAGUAACUAUCAACAAAAUCCUCCCUUUGCUUACCAACAACAACAACAACCACAACAACGAUAUCAGCUGCCUCAAUACCAACAGCAAGUUCCGAUACCACCACCACAAUUUAUGCCGACAGCUCAGCAACUCCAGCAGAUCCCACAAUUUCCCCAGCAACAGCAGUAUAAUUUACGACCGCAGCCUCCUCCUGUAAUUUACUCGCAACCUCCACCUCCACCGCCUCCGCUUCCACAGCAGCCAGUGCAGGCUGUUUUCAAACCAAGACCUGUCUAUCGCGAGGGACCGAGGAUUUACGAGCAGCAGUUCAAAAUUAUGAGGCCGGCACCUGUCGAAGGAUAUUUUCCGCAACAGGUGGAACCACAACUACCCAUCCAGCAGAGAAUGCGGGUUCCAUCUCCUCCUGAGAGGUUCCGUCCUCAUCUCGCUGAUAUCUACGGCCUUCCACUACCAGAUCGACCGCAUUCAACAAAGAAGCCCACAGUCAUUCUCGUAGGCGAGUCACUUCCCGAUGGAGCCUAUGGAGCCGAAGAAAAGCUCAUAGAUGGUCAACAUCCAAGCUACAUUGAAGAUACUGCUAGAACAACUCCUUUCCGAACUAAUAUCCAACCGCAAAUGGUUGUUCCGAAACCGGCUCCACGAAGACCUGUAACUCCCAGACCUCAGCCACCUCCCAGGAUAGCACCUGCGACUCAAGCUCCUCCUCCAACCAUGGUGAAAGCAAAACUUAGUGCUAUUGUGCCAAAAAGCAUAGCCCCUUCUAAUGGUGGUGGAAAGAACCCCAACGCUGCGUUCCUGGGAUGCUGCAAAGCGGUAAAAGUGGCCAAGUCCUGCGAAAGGAUCUGUAACUUCGACAUACUGAAUAAGAAAACGCUAACGGGAAUGUUCCUUGGAACCGAUCCUUGCCCUCAGUCGUACGGCCUUGAGCUUCUGCAGUGUGCAGCGCAAUCCGACGAUCACACAGAAUGCUGCCGAAGCAAAGGUGUACACACGACUACCGCUGGAGACAAGUGUCUUGGCUUUUGCAAUAUGAAGCCAGGAGUCACUUUCCAGGCUGACGUCUCCAUGCUACCGUGUUGGGGCGUAUUAAAUGAUAUCAAGACAUGCUUCAAGGAUAGUAUCCAGAACAGUUAA